ACUGUUUUUCAAUCUUUCCAUACACUUCAUACAUAUAUCUUUCAUGGCUUCCCUUGAUGGUCAGAAAACUAAUGAAACUUCAUCGAAUCAUGUUGAGAUUCCUGUCGGUGUGGAGCCAAAAGCAAACCGAGAAAUCGUUGAAGAGAGAAACAUAGACUAUUCCCAGAGGGCGAAUUGGGUGCGAGCAGCAGUGUUAGGAGCGAAUGAAGGUUUAGUCUCGGUUGCAUCAUUGAUGAUGGGUGUUGGAGCUGUUAAGGAGCAGAUGACAGCGAUGCUUCUUGCUGGUUUUGCAGGGUUAAUUGCCGGGGCAUGCAGCAUGGCGAUAGGAGAGUUUGUGUCUGUGUACACUCAGUAUGACAUAGAAAUAGCUCAAAUGAAAAGAGAGAGAGAAAAGAAGAGUAUUAGUGAUGGAGUGAGUGAAGAAGCUGAAAGGGAAAAGUUGCCAAAUCCAUUUCAGGCUGCCGUAGCAUCGGCUCUAGCAUUUUCUGUGGGUGCAGUGGUGCCACUGCUGUCUGCUGCAUUCAUAAAAAACCAUAAAAUAAGACUUGGUGUUGUUGUUACAGUGGCUAGUCUGACAUUGGUGGUGUUUGGUGGGUUAGGAGCAGUGCUUGGAAAAACUCCAAUCACAAAAUCUUGCCUUAGGGUGCUCAUUGGAGGAUGGAUGGCUAUGACUGUAACAUUUGGCUUCACCAAGUUAUUUUCCUUUGCUGGGAUUUGACUCUUUUCUCUUUUUAAUUCUUUUCUUUUUCUCCUUCGAUUGUUAGAAAAAGAGAUGUCAAAAAGAGUUAAGUCAAA